AUGUCAAUUGCUGCUCAUGCAAACGAAGGCGAAGUAUUAACAAGCGAGGGCAACGAUCUGCACUAUGGGAGCUUUGUGCCGACGCCGCCAAAUCAUAGCCCAUUGCUGAAAUAUGAGAGCAAGGCCAGUGGUGACUUUGCAUUACCGGCACCCGCCCUCAACGCAUCCGACUAUCCGGGACUCUCGGGACCGACCGAGACCGUCAAGAGCCACGACAAGGUCUCCCUGCAGCGACGGGCUUCUUCAACAGCCGCCGGACCUGCGUCUCCAAAGACCGACCUACCCAUACUGUCUCCCCUGGUACGACGACAGUCAGUUAUUGGAGGCGCCUUGUCCGAGUCUCCGUCACAAUUAAGGCGGAUUCUCUCGAAUGCACAUGGCCCAAUAAAACGAGACGCGCCGGGCAUGGAUGGUGGUGCCGCCCACGACUUUGACCUGGUGCGAGAGAGGGAAAGAGAGUUUUAUGAAUUUCUGGACUCGGAAUUGGAAAAAGUCGAGUCUUUUUACAAGCUCAAGGAGGAUCAAGCUGGGCAACGGCUCACUUUAUUACGAGAACAGCUCCACGAAAUGCGAAACCGACGCAUUCACGAAAUGGCCUCAAAUCAGGACAACAACCCCGAUAACGGCCACUACACCGACACGGAGAAUUCCAAGGACAGCCUCAAUGGAUGGGUUCAACCGCUCAAGGCUAAGAUCUUCCCACCGGGACCCAACUCUGAGGCUCUUCGAAACAUGCCCAACACACCAAUCCUCCCACUCAGCCUAUCGGCCGGUGAUGCAACGAGAGACUACAGCAGACGGCGGCAAAAGGAAGACGUGUCAUAUCGAACAGCCAAGCGCAAGUUAAAAUUGGCGCUGCAAGAGUUCUAUCGGGGGCUGGAACUCCUCAAGUCGUAUGCACUUUUGAAUCGUACUGCGUUUCGCAAGCUCAACAAGAAGUUUGACAAGGCUGUCAAUGCUCGACCGACGUUGCGUUACAUGAAUGAAAAGGUCAACACGGCCUGGUUUGUCAACAGUGACACUCUUGAAGGGCACAUCAAGGCAGUCGAAGACUUGUAUGCGAGGUACUUUGAACGCGGCAACCACAAACUUGCAGUUGGCAAACUUCGAAGUAUGUCCAAGCGCCCAAGAAGCCAAUCCGGAAGCUCAUUCCUCAAUGGAUUUCUCAUUGGUACCGGACUCCUUUUCACCAUCGAGGGCCUCGUAUUCGGCUCACAAUUGCUCUUUGACAAUGACCCCAUCAUCGCGGUGCAAACCAGCUACCUCUUGCAGUUAUACGCAGGAUACUUUCUGAUGCUCUUCAUGUUCUCCUCGUUUUGCAUCAAUUGUUUUGUAUGGUCCAAACAAAAGAUCAACUACCGCUUUAUCUUCGAGUUUGACCAGCGAAGCGUACUUGACUGGCGGCGACUGGCAGAGUUUCCAAGCUUCUUUCUGCUCCUAUUCGGUAUCUUCAUAUGGAUCAACUUUAGCCGAUACGGUCCGGACUGGCUGUAUAUUUACUAUCCCGUAUUCCUGAUUGUGAUUACGGCUGUCAUUAUAUUUUUCCCUGGACCCGCGUUGAGACACAGGAGCCGCUCAUGGUUUGUCUAUGCUCAUAACAUUGAACUAUUCUUCUGUCUAUACGCCAACAAAUGGGACGACCCUCCACAGUGCAACUCGAACCAUUCCCGGCUCUUGGGAUUCCUCAUGGCGCUGCCGCCCAUCUGGCGUUUGCUCCAAUGCGUUCGCCGAUACAGGGACACUCGCAACGUGUUCCCCCAUCUCGUCAACGGCGGCAAGUACACCAUGACCAUUAUAUCUACCGUGAUGCUCUCACUAUACCGCAUAGACGGUACCAAUUCGAACCUAGCCCUCUUCAUCACAUUUUCGAUCCUCAACAGUAUCUACGUUUCCAUAUGGGAUGUCUUCAUGGACUUUUCUCUGUUGCAAGCCGACGCACGGCACUUUGCGCUGCGCGACAUCCUGGCCCUCAAACGCCGCUGGCCGUACUACUUCAUCAUGGUUGUCGACCCCGUGCUCCGUUUCGCGUGGAUCUUCUACGCCAUCUUCACCCACGACCUCCAGCACUCGACCCUGGUCGCCUUCGUCGUGUCGUUUGUCGAGGUCCUCCGCCGCGGCAUGUGGGCUCUCUUCCGUGUCGAGAAUGAACACUGCGCCAAUGUCGCCCAGUACAAGGCAUCCCGUGACGUCCCGCUGCCGUAUCGCAUCGAGCCGCUCAUGGACCGCAUCAGUGAGGAGACGUCGCCUGUGUUGACGACUGACCAGCGCAGGCCCGAGCUGGCGCCGGAGACGGCUAGUUCUACGGCCGUCGCGUCGACACUGGGCGCUUUGCGACGGCGCGCAGACACGAUUACCGCGCGGUCAUUCUCCAAGAUGCUCGCCGAAGCCCAUAAGCAGGAUUUCGUCAAGAGACGGAAGCCCGGAGGGGCAGCCGAGGGCGAAGCUGUCGAGCAGAGUGACGAUGACGACGAGGAGGAGGAUGAUGAGGCCGAGGCUGCAAGCCUACUGGAGGCCGGUGAGGCUAGAGGUUGA